AACAAUUGAUCUGUUUCGUCACUGCAUGGCAGAACUCUGGGAAGGUGUUCUUAGCGUGUAAAUGGGAAAACCAAAUGUCACAGCCGUUGGCAGAGGUGUGCCACUGGGCUCUUGCAGGGAAAUUACUCAUCAGCUACAUCGAUGCUGACAGCUGAUUCAUAUGCAGGCUAGUUCACUUGAUCCACUUCUGGGGUCGAAUUACCUUGCUUAGUAGGUUCACGGAACACGUGACCACAGCAGUAACAUCCAAUGUCUUGGACCACAGUCAUUGAUUUACUUAGUAGAGCACUCGUGCUAAUUCUCAGCCGUAACUUUUAUCAUUUUGAGACGCUAAUGUAUGUCAAUUGCUAGAUCAUGCCGCUAAUAGUUUCAGCCUACGCAGACGGCAUGUCACGCGUCACGAGCAAUCAUUCAAUUGAAUUGCGAAGGCGAGUAGUACGAGCUUCCUUUUGCCAUCAUAUCAGCGACCCGAAACCCGCACCAUGAUGCAUGUGCAUGAUCGACCGAGGAUUGUGCUAGAAGUGCUACUUACGUAUUUAGGGUCAGCCUAUCUGCCGGCACAACCGGUUCCGCCUGACCAUGCAGAACAAUUGAUCUGUUUCGUCACUUCAUGGCAGAACUCUGGAAACGUGUUCUUAGCGUGUAAGUGGGAAAACCAGAUGCUUACAGCUGUUGACAGAACGCUAGGCCAGUCCCAAAAAAGAAACCGAGUCCAACUUUCAACUUCCGACAUGGGACAUUACAGCCUGGGGAACCUAUAAUUCGUGGUAUCUGACCGGACAUUGUAACUCAAAAAACGCUGUCCUGUUUUAUUUUUGACGAUUUGCCUAGCGUUUUAUGGAUGUAAGUGAUUAAUUAAUUAUCAGACCCGUAGGCCACCGUCCGUCUAUACUAUAACCUUUUGUUUGUCCUAAAAACUCAGCUUCCGCGUUUAGGAUAAUGCCUCCUAUCUUAGCCGUAGUAGCCGUCCUUCCUAAACCUUUUGUUCCAGUUUGAUGAACCUUCUCUCUCAUCUUCUCUUCAUACAACUUUCCUGAA